AUGUCAAUGAAAGAGACACUAGACAACCAGCAUGCUGUAUUUGCAGCCGCAAAGGCGUGGCACCAUCAAUGCAUUUUGGCAACUGACAAGGUUGUUUCCCCGAGUGCACUAGGCACAUAUGCCAUGGGAUGGCGUGAACCACUGUCAUAUGCAAAUUCGAUCCAAGAGGGUUGA